AUGGAAGGUCGCGGCAAUCGCGUCACUAACUCUCUGACGGUGAUUUUAGAGGGGUUAUUAUUAUUAUUAUUAUUAUUAUUAUUAUUAUUAUUAUUAUUAUUAUUAUUAUUAUUAUUACUAUUAUUAUUAUUAUUAUUAUUAUUAUUAUUAUUAUUAUUAUUAUUAUUAUUAUUAUUAUUACUAUUACUAUUAUUAUUAUUAUUAUUAUUAUUAUUAUUAUUAUUAUUAUUAUUAUUAUUAUUAUUAUUAUUAUUAUUAUUAUUAUUACUAUUAUUAUUAUUAUUAUUAUUAUUAUUAUUAUUAUUAUUAUUAUUAUUAUUAUUAUUAUUAUUAUUAUUAUUAUUAUUAUUAUUAUUAUUAUUAUUAUUAUUAUUAUUAUUAUUAUUAUUAUUAUUAUUAUUAUUAUUAUUAUUAUUAUUAUUAUUAUUAUUAUUAUUAUUAUUAUUAUUAUUAUUAUUAUUAUUAUUAUUAUUAUUAUUAUUAUUAUUAUUAUUAUUAUUAUUAUUAUUAUUAUUAUUAUUAUUAUUAUUAUUAUUAUUAUUAUUAUUAUUAUUAUUAUUAUUAUUAUUAUUAUUAUUAUUAUUAUUAUUAUUAUUAUUAUUAUUAUUAUUAUUAUUAUUAUUAUUAUUAUUAUUAUUAUUAUUAUUAUUAUUAUUAUUAUUAUUAUUAUUAUUAUUAUUAUUAUUAUUAUUAUUAUUAUUAUUAUUAUUAUUAUUAUUAUUAUUAUUAUUAUUAUUAUUAUUAUUAUUAUUAUUAUUAUUAUUAUUAUUAUUAUUAUUAUUAUUAUUAUUAUUAUUAUUAUUAUUAUUAUUAUAA